AUCUUCACUGAUCGUUUUUACAGCUCUUCAGGGAGGUCAGUGUGAUGAAGAUCCUCAACCAUCCAAACAUUGUGAAGCUGUUUGAGGUGAUUGAGACGGAGAAGACUCUGUACCUGGUGAUGGAGUACGCCAGCGGAGGUGAAGUGUUUGACUACCUUGUUGCUCAUGGACGAAUGAAAGAGAAGGAGGCCAGAGCCAAGUUUCGGCAGAUUGUGUCAGCAGUGGAGUACUGUCACCAGAAGAGGAUUGUCCACCGAGACCUCAAGGCAGAGAAUCUGCUGCUGGACGCCGACAUGAACAUUAAGAUCGCAGACUUCGGCUUCAGUAAUGAGUUCACGCUGGGCAGUAAGCUGGACACCUUCUGUGGGUCCCCUCCCUACGCUGCUCCUGAACUCUUCCAGGGGAAGAAGUACGACGGGCCGGAGGUGGACGUCUGGAGUCUGGGAGUGAUCCUCUACACGCUGGUCAGCGGCUCGCUGCCGUUCGACGGACAGAACCUGAAGGAGCUGAGGGAGCGUGUUCUCAGAGGAAAGUACCGGAUCCCCUUCUACAUGUCGACUGACUGUGAGAACCUGCUGAAGAAGCUGCUGGUGCUCAACCCGGGGAAACGAGGCAGCCUGCAGCAAAUCAUGAAGGACCGAUGGAUGAACGUCGGCUACGACGAGAAGGAGCUGAAAACAUACAACGAACCAGAACAAGACUUCAACGACCUCAAACGCAUAGCUGCUGUGAUGUCGUACAUUUCCUCGCCCUGGGACCAUUAA